AUGGGAGGCUUCGAGGGUCAUCUGUACCCAGGACUGUCCCUCUUCUUCUAUGGACUUUAUCACGCGCGACUCGUCUCCAGGGCCUUGAUAUGCAGCCAGCCUGCCCAGUACCCGCCACGUCCUCCCUGGAGCAAAGGCAGAUGGGCAAAGCUACGGCAAGUUCACUACGUGGGGCUGCUGAAGAUACUGAGCACCUUCAUUCUAGUGGCCCAAGAGCUGCAUAACAUUUCCGGGCCGUUUGUACUCAUCAGGAAGACGUACCACGCGAGAGACUUCCUGUACUGCAAGCAGUGGCAGCACCUCACCAUAUACAUGACAUUCGUCCUGAGCGGCUGUGUUGACGCGGUGAGCCAGAACCUGCUGCCCCGCAGGAGUGCCGCGCUGGAGCAGGCCACCCAGGCCCUGGGCCUGGCUCUGAUCCUGCCCCUGAUGCUGUCUCACUUGCAGGGCUCGGAGGGCGUGGACCUGCAGUCCCACCUCCUGUUCAUCCAGGCCCUGUUCCCGCUGGUGCUGGUGGCGGUUGCCGAGCUGUGGGCUCCCGACGCGUGGCAGCUCUGGGUGAUGAAGGCCUUUCUGUACAUGCUUACGGGCUCUUGGCUGAUCCAGAUAGGCUUCAUGCUCUACAGACCGAUCUCCGGCCAUAAGUGGAUGGAUGAUGACAAAAACAAUAUUAUGUUUGUCACCACCUUCUUCUGCUGGCAUGUGGUCAUCCUCGCCUUUUUGAUGGCCUGGAUCCACGGCGUCUCCUUUUUGUGGUAUCGCUACAUGUGCUAA